CUCAAAAUUUCCCCACUUCAUUUUUAUUUCCGUAUCACAACCUCGUUGAUUCCUCCCCUCUUCUCUCUCUCUCUCUCUCUCGAUCGAUCGAUCGAAUCCAUCAUUUUUCUUCAAAUUAGGGUUAGGGUUUGGGUUUUGGUGAGCGUUUGAGAGGAAUCGAUGGUUCAGCUGGCGAAUCCAGGGAAACUCCGGCAGGGUAUGGAGACUCCGGUGAAGUCGGCGGCGGAUGCGGCGGCGGUUCCGAUGGUGAAGUUGGAGAUCGAGGAUCCGUUGGAGGAUGAGCACGGUCCUCUUACUAAGAAGCCCAAAUCUCCUGGUCCUUUUCAACAACAGUGGGAUGUAGAUGCUGAAAUGGUUCCACCGCAAUCCAUACAAUGCAGUUUGCUUGAUGAACCUAGCCCACUUGGUCUACGCCUGAAAAAGAGUCCAUCUUUUCUGGAUCUGAUUCAGAUGAGGCUUUCUCAAGGAGGUUCUGCUACAGCUUCUUGUAUUGCAGGAAGCGGAGGUCUUGAAGGUGGGAAAAAGAAGGAUCUGAAGUCUACUGCUGUUUCAGGAAUUACUGACAAGUUAAAGGCUUCAAACUUUCCUGCUUCUCUUUUGAAAAUUGGCUCUUGGGAGUGUGUCUCAAGGUAUGAAGGUGAUUUGGUUGCAAAGUGCUAUUAUGCAAAGCAUAAACUCGUGUGGGAGGUUCUUGAUGGUGGUCUUAAGAGCAAGAUUGAGAUUCAAUGGUCAGAUAUAACGGCUCUGAAAGCGAGUUGCCCUGACAAUGCCCCUGGGACGUUAGAUAUAGUGUUGGCUAGGCAGCCUCUUUUCUUUCGAGAAACCAAUCCACAACCCCGGAAGCAUACGUUGUGGCAGGCCACUUCAGAUUUCACUAAUGGUCAAGCAAGCAUACAUAGGAGGCAUUUUCUUCAGUGUCCACCAGGCCUGUUAAGCAAGCAUUUUGAAAAGCUUAUUCAGUGUGAUCCACGCCUAAACUCACUUAGCAGACAGUCUGAGGUUAUCUUAGAAUCUCCCUACUUUGAACCACGGUGUUCUGUAUUUGAGGACCAUGACGAAUCGAAGCAUCAUGGUUUUGAUGAUCUGAAGGAUGGAUUUGGUUCCAAGAUGUCAAUAUUCCAAGAUGCUAUGUCACCAUGUGCUGCUCCUUCAUCUUCGACUAAGAAUGAAAUAAGGCCUCCUAUUGGUAGAACGCCAGACAAUGUUCAACAUGAGGCCCUUUCACCUAGCUCAGUAAUGGACAGUCAAGUCAUGGAAGACAAGCCUACAAUUAGCACAACUAAAGAGUUGAACGACACCAAGCGCUGGGAUCAAAUCAAAGUUCCGGGACUUCGCUCAUCCAUGUCGGUGACUGACCUAGUGAACCACAUUGGACACUGUAUCUCCGGGCAGACAACUCCGGGCAACCCUAUUUUACCAACCGACUCAUCACUGAACAAAUCUCUGCUGGAGGAUCUGACACAAUACCUUCUCAGCGAUUCCCAAAUCACUUCGGCUUCUAAUGAACAGUCUCUCAUGUCUAGGGUCAAUUCCCUAUGUUGCCUAAUCCAACACAAAGACCCUGAGAAGGCUCAAACUACAGCAGGUGAUGAUAAUGAUGCUUCAGAUGAUGAGCAUAAAGAGGAAAAGAAACCACUGCUUCAUGUCUCUGAUGAAGGAGAGGAUUUUAAACCGCCGAGCAUGUCAAGAAAGGAGUCAUAUGGUGAGCUGCUGAUGCAUCUCCCUAGGAUUGCGUCGUUACCACAGUUCUUGUUUAAUAUCGCAGAGGAUUCGGAUAACCAGGCCAGAUGAACAUUUGACUGGGUCUUUAUGCAUCCUAUCUGUGAAUAGAACUCUGGAGGUGUAAUGAUGAUGCUUAGGUAAAUGUUCUUAGGGUUCAGAGAUUGGUAACUUGUCCAAUUUGAACGGCGUUGUAUGUUGGGCUUGUUUUUGUUGGUGUUGUACAGAUGACAGCCUUCAUGUGAAUCAGAACCCCGUAAUCAACGAACAUGUGAAAGUUCUUGUCAA